AUGUGGAUGGUAGACAGUGGUGAUGAGCGUCAAAUGAUUGACUUUCGUUCAGUCAUUGCUGAUUGUGGUCUUACGGAUGUUGGUUUUGAGGGUCAAUGUUUUACGUGGGAGCGGGGUAGGAGUGCAGGGACAAAUAUCCAUGAACGUUUGGACAUAGUACUUGCUUCUGAUUCGUGGAGGAAUAUGUUCGGUGAUUUGUCCUUACAACAUCUUCCUUAUUCUAUCUCAGAUCAUUGUCUUCUUUUGUUGGAUACCGACCGGAAAGGAAAGAGUGAGAGACGUUGUGCAGCGGAGGUUGAAAGGCUUUGGGUUGCAUCUGAGGGUUUGGUUCCAGAAAGAUUAAGUCAAGUCUGUCAAGGACUUGAUGUCUGGUUCAAAAAUAUUUGCAUUCAGAAGCGCUUAACGAUGUCUGAUUUCAAGCAUAGGUUGGCGGAUUUGAUGGAGUUAAAUAUCAGUGAUGAAGUGUUAGGUGAGAUCGUGGAUACUAGACUACAAAUGAAUUUGGAAGCAGACAAACAUAAGUUGUACUGUGAACAAAGGGCACGAGUGAACCAGUUGAAGGCAGGGGAUAAUAAUAAAAAUUUCUUUCAUAUAUUUGCUUCCUAA